UCCUGUCCUACAGUAAAAAAUGUCCGACGAGGAGCAGCGGAAACGUGAAACAUGUCAAAGAGCGAGACCUUACGUUAGCUAACUCCGGAAGGUUUGCCAAACCUAAAGUUUAACAUGCCAAACUGUUACUUCAGUUAACGCCACUUAAUACUCAGCAAUGCAUGCCAAGUUUGCCUUGUGGAUUUCCGCUAUCUUCUGCAUAGCGUUGUCAGAUGACGAAGGGGUGGUGGACAUCCCGGGAGGAAAGCUAACAAUGGGAACAGAUGCGCCCGAUGGGAGAGACGGAGAGUCCCCAACGAAAGAAGUCACAGUUGGCCCCUUCAGAAUAGACAGAUACCCUGUCACAAAUGCUGAUUUCAGAGACUUUGUGAGAGCAGAGAAAUAUAAAACGGAAGCUGAGACAUUUGGCUGGAGUUUCGUAUUUCAAGAUUUUGUAUCAGAAGAGCUGAAGAGCAAGGUCACAGAGAGGAUAGAGUCUGCACCUUGGUGGUUGCCUAUAAAGGGGGUAUUUUGGAGACAGCCUGCAGGUCCUGGCUCAGGUAUACGGGAACGCCUCAACUUCCCAGUGGUUCAAGUGAGCUGGAAUGAUGCCCAGGCCUUCUGCCACUGGAAGGGGCAGAGACUACCCACUGAGGAAGAGUGGGAAUGGGCUGCACGUGGGGGACUACAGGGUAGGACGUAUCCUUGGGGAAACAAGUUUCAGUCCAACCGAACCAACCUGUGGCAGGGAUUGUUUCCGGAUGGAGAUACUGCAGAAGAUGGUUAUCAUGGUAUCUCCCCUGUCACAGCUUUUCCUCCUCAGAACAGUUUUGGACUGUAUGACAUGAUGGGAAAUGCUUGGGAAUGGACCGCCACGCCGUUUCAUGGAGCACAGCAGAUGUAUGUCCUGCGUGGUGCUUCAUGGAUUGACACUAAAGAUGGAUCAGCCAAUCACAAGGCACGAAUAACUACCAGGAUGGGCAAUACUCCUGACUCAGCCUCUGACAACCUGGGCUUCAGGUGCGCUGCCAGUACUAGCAACGCCAGAAAGAAGAAAACAGAACUGUAGUAAGGAACAAAGAAGAGGAGGGGAAAGAUGAAGAGGAUCAUGUGAGCUGAUGCUGAAGAAUUUGACACUGCCCAUUCAAGGAUAUGUGAAAUAUUGUUUACAAAGGAUAGAAAAGGGGGCCAAUAGACUAACUACAUUGAUAAUAACAUUGGAAACAGCAGCAUGUAACCAUUAGAGAAGUGCUCAUUGUCUCCUGCAGAAAGCACAUUUUGGGCUAUACUUGAUAAAUUAAUUGAAAUAUACUAUACCAGUGACCUCCAAGAUUCUUUGUAAAUAAAGCAUUUCCAAGCAGUUUGUGAUAAAAGAUAACAUGUAGACUUUUUAGCAAGACAUAUAUUCUAUUUGAAUACUGAAAUAUUUUUCUUUAAAAAAAAGUGAAAAACAUGUUAAUGGUUUAAAUCUAACUUGUAUCUGAUUAUCGGUUUGUUCUGAGCUUUUGUUUUUUUUUGGGGGGGGGGGUGUUUCACUUUUCCAGUAGGGGAGAGUUGAUCAGCCUUGUUUUGCCUUGUUUCACUGUAUUGGCACAAGUUUCUAAAUGCGCCUCAAUCAAGUCAAGCUGCGCUGGAAACCGUCACGGAGGAUUUGGCACUGUGCUGCCACUACGUCGUGUAGUUUCGCAGUAUGCGUUUCUUGGCGUAUAUUUCAGUGUUUUCCCCUCUGUGCUGUGUUUGAAUUUCUAAUUUGCAAAUCCACCAGCUUGAUUUUUAGAUUUACAGGAAGAAAAAAAAAUCCAACCAGAAUAAAUUAGAGUCAAGCAAA